AUGGGAUUUGGUAAUAACAAUAACAACGGGGGUUUUCCUGGUGACCAUCGAGGAAUUACGGCUAGGUCAUCAAGUUAUGAUGGUGGUGCUGGAUCACUGGAAAUACAGGGGGGCAUUAGCAAUGGUACCAGAGUAAGUAAUUCUUGUUCUUUUUCUGCCUCGCCAAGUGGACAGCAGUCUAAGUCAAAUAAUGACAACCGUGAUUUGCGAAUAGAGAAAGGAACUAAAGAAUCACAUAUUAAUACUAAUUUAAGUAAUCAUAACAUUGUCAGCAACGAUAAACCGGAAUCAAAUGAUUCCGGGUCAUCGAAAAGAGAGACUGAGGAAGAGAAAAAAAAGAGGUUGAGAAGAGAGAAACUCGAAGCAUGGAAGAAGAAAAAAGAGCAGCAAAAGGCGGCAUCGUCAAAAUCACCUGGGCCACCACUUGUUCUGAUAUCUUCUGUUACAGCAAAAAAACCUGUCAUUCUUACUAAGCCCAAAGUCUUAAACGCUAAUGGCUUCAAGAACCGAAAGACAUUUGGAGUAAAGGGUCAAAAGGCGAAAACAACUAUCAGGCUGGUGUUUGAAAACGACAGUGAUAAUGAUAAACGAGAAUUUAAGAGGCCAAAGAUUUUAAAUCGAAAAUCUCUACCCAUUGCUCCUAAAUCUGACAAUCAUUCGGAAGAUAUUGACGUCCAAGAUCUGCUUGAUGAAUUUUUGGCGAAUAUGGCGGACAGCUCAAAAGAUCUGCUGGUUGGAGAAGAGCUUGAAGUGGUGGCAGAUUCUGAUGAAGAGAAUUUGGCCAGCAUGGACGAUGAUAAUAAUCACAAAGAAAAUGUUAUGGAUAUCAUCAGCAAAAUGAAAUCUAAUAGCUCGAAGGAGAAAAAAUUAUGUAAGGUCGACCACAGCGAAAUUGACUAUCUGGACUUUAGGAAAAACUUUUACAUUGAAAGCCAGGAAGUUAGCGGUUUAGAUAAAGAUGUGGUUAAUAUUUUGAGAAUGGAAUUAGAUGGUAUAAAAGUCAAUGGAAUAAACCCCCCAAAUCCUGUCCUCAUUUGGUCACAAUUGGGUUUGCCCUCUCACUACUUGGAUAUCCUUGUGGAUGAUCUAAAGUUUGAAAAACCAACUCCGAUUCAGGCACAAAGUAUACCAGCAACUCUCCAAGGAAGAGAUAUUAUUGGUAUUGCCAAAACAGGAUCAGGUAAGAGCUUAAGUUUCAUCCUUCCCUUGUUUAGACAUAUCAAUGAUCGAAGAAGUUCUAACAUUAAAGAUCCUUUGGCUAUUAUAUUGGUUCCAACCAGAGAAUUGGCGGUCCAAACUCAUAAAGUAGCAAAAAUGAUUGAUGCUACGGUGAAAUCAAUACCUUUAUUUGGUGGUGAAAAUAUAUCAAAACAAAUAAGCAAGCUAGCUGGGGGAAUUGAUCUAGUAAUUGCCACUCCUGGACGAUUAAUAGAUUUAUUGUCCUUAAAAAAGCUAUCCCUAAUACAAGUAACUUUUGUGGUCAUAGAUGAAGCAGAUAGAAUGUUUGAUAUGGGCUUUCAGCCGCAAAUCAGUAUGAUCCUUGAUUGUAUUAGACCUGACAGUCAAAAAGUAUUAUUCAGUGCCACGUUUCCUCUCAAACUAGAGAAACUAGCUAGAAAAAUUUUGAAUCGUGACCCCUUGGAAAUUAAAAUCGGUUUGAAAGGUGUUAAUGAAGAUGUGAAACAACAUAUUGAAAUUUUUGAAAAUGAAAAUCAAAAGUUUUUAAAACUAUUGGAAAUUCUUGGUCAUUUUUUUAAUCAGGGUAAACCAUUCUUGGGAUUAGAUACCUCAAGUGAGGACAAAGUUUUAAUCUUUGUCGAUAGACAAGAAAACUGCGAUUCUCUUUCAAAAAGAUUAGUAAAUAAAGGUUAUGAAUGUGAGGCGUUACAUGGGGGUAAAAACCAAGCUGAAAGAGACCAAUCCAUAAACAAUUUCAAAAAGGGUAAGAAUAAAAUAUUGAUUGCAACCUCAAUUGCUGCAAGGGGUUUAGACGUUCUUGGAUUAAAACUAGUAAUCAACUAUGAUUGUCCAAACCAUAUCGAGGAUUAUGUCCAUAGAGCUGGAAGAACUGGGAGAGCUGGGGCAAAAGGUAUAGUUGUCUCAUUUUUGAUGGAAUCACAAGAGAGAGCAGCAUACGAUAUCGCUAAAGCGUUGAAAUUGUCCAACGUUGAGGUGCCUACCCGGUUAAAGGACCUUGCAAAUCAAUUUCUACUUGGAAUAAAGAAAGGAAAAGAGAAGUUCUUCAUGGGAUUUGGUGGUAAAGGCUUGGAGAAACUUGAGGCUCAGAGGGACGAGAAAAAAAGGCUAAUCAAGCAAAAAUUCGACACUGGAGAUGUUGGGGCUGAUGUAGAUGAGAAUACUAAAGUUAAUGAGAAAGCUAGUGAAGCUGAUAGUAAAGCCAUUGGUAGCAAGUUGGCAGAGAUAUCGGACUUUGAAGUCCAUGAAGGCAAAGCUGAGAACUCUCCAGACUCUGGGGCGUUCCACUCUAAAAUUAAUGUUAACGACCUUCCCCAAAAUGUUAGAUGGAAUGUCACGAAUAGAGAGGCCAUCCGAAGAAUUAUUGAGGAUACAAGCUGUUCGCUUACUUCAAAAGGUAGGUUUUACAAAGACUUGGAUAAGCCAAUUAAGGACACUGAUGAGCCCAAGUUAUAUUUACUCAUUGAAGGUGAUACGCGACAUCAAGUUGCGAAUGCUGUAAACUUGAUAAAGGAAUCGAUCAUCCAAGCAAUGAGGGUUCAUUUGAUGGAUGAGGCAAAGAAAAGUUCCACUGGGCGUUAUACCGUUGCUUAA